AAUGGGGGGAGUCGGGUACCAGACACGCAGCUCCACCUACGAUGGCACUCACACACCCACCUCCUUCACCAGCAUGCUGUCAGAGCUGCACCACGGACGGGCGUACACCGAUGUGUCGCUGGUGUGUGACGGGGGCAUCGUGAGGGCCCACCGCGCAGUGGCUUUCCCUCUGCUCGCCCUACCUAGCUGUGGUGCUGUCGGCAUGCCCAGAUACUGAUGCUCCUCUACUACUGCCGGAGGUGCCUGUUCAGGAUGUGCUGUACCUGGUGUCCUUCAUCUACAGAGGCCAGGUGGAUGUGCACCAACAGCACAUUGCCUCCUUCUUGAGGACUGCCAAGCAUCUUCAUGUGCUGGGCCUGGAGGAGGGAGACAGGCUGGUCGACUCCCCAAGCAAGUCAGAUGCCAGCUCCUCCACCUCUGGCAGUGAGGCAGGAGAUGACCUCAACACUCAGCAGUUCAUCAAUGGGAAUAACAACAAUGAGAAUGAAGAAGAUGAAGCAGAGGAAGAGGAUGAAGAGGAGGAGGAAGAGGAAAUGAGUGAACAUGCGGAUGCCAUCAAACAUGAACUCACUGUGAAGGAAGAACCAGCAGAGACAGCAGAAGCUACAGCUGACGUGUCCAGUGACGGGAGAAUAGACUUGAACUUUUACCUCCAGCAAGCCAUCCAGAGUGCAUCAAUGCCUUGCCCAUUGUGUAAAAAGGAGUUCAAGAGCCAGUCAGGGCUGCGGGACCACAUCCGCCUGCACACUGGGGAACGACCAUUUGAAUGUGAGUUUUGCCAGAUGAACUUUGCCCGAGCCUCUCACCUGAAGCGCCACCGCCGCAUGCACACUGGGGAGAAGCCCUUCAUGUGUCGCAUCUGUGGCAAGGACUUCUCUCGAGGAGACAAGCUGAAGGACCACCUGCGAAGGCAUGACGCUGAGGACAAGUUGAGUAAAAUUCGGAAGCAGAUCUACAGCCCUGAUGAGGCUGGUGGUGAGGGUGAGUCAGAAGGCCAGGCUGGUGGGGUGGUGGGAGCAGCAGCCUCACAGAUCUUGACCUCCAAGUCUGGCAGCAGUGGACCUGAGCCUGGAUUGAUGCCCCCUGCCAAGCGGCCAGAGGCAGGCCCCCAAAGAAUCCCCAGGCCCACGCCCAGUACCAGCAGGCCAUGACGCAGGUGCCAUCCAUGCUGGUACCUCAGAGUGAGAACUACAUGCCUCACAUGCUGGGUGUCACCAGCAUUGGAGAGUGUAUCCUUAGACCCAUUAACUAGUGUUGUAUUGAUAUGUUGCUCUUCAUGUUAACUAAUGUCAGAGGAGUUGUAAGGACCAGUUUGCCUCCUUAUGGAGUCAGUCUCUUUGGUAGGCUUACUGAGUUAAUUCCUUUGAAAAUAUAUAAAAUGACAAAGUAAGAAAAUAUAUACUUAUAUAUCGUAUAAUUCCUGGUGUAAAACCCAGUUUGUAAUUAGUUCACAUUUUAGAUCAACCAAUGUGCCAUAACCAAAUCAACAUUACUUGGAAUGAUUUGCAAUACUGUAACUUACCUGCACUGGUAUAGUAACACUUUGGGCUACUAGGGUUAUCAGGCUUCGCUGCUGAAGACUUGUAGGAGAAAAGUAAUUUGAUAUUUUUGAUGCAAUAAUGAAUAUACUGAGGAUCCUUGAUAUAUGCAGGCUUGCUGUGUAACAUUACUUACACUUAUACCAUUAAAAAGAUUGUACUAUAGAAAACACUUGAUAUAAGCAGUGAAUUUUAAGGUCAUGUAGUUCACACAGAGAGCAUUGUGUGCUGAGGUCACAAAGUGUGGGAUGUUUGGCUAAGGUCCACAGGAUCACUUGCAUCUGUAGUCUGCAUUGUGGACCAACUACAUCAAGCACACUCAGGCUUGCACUUCAUUGUUGUCAAUUAGUUCACUCCAGCAUGUAGAUCUGAUUGUUGUUACACAUAUCUGAUUUUUGGAAGUAAUUACUCUACAUUCCUCUCUCUCUCUCUCUCUCUCUCUCUCUCUCUCUCUCUCUCUCUCUCUCUCUCUCUCUCUCUCUCUCUCUCUCUCUCUCUCUCUCUCUCUCUCUCUCUCUCUCUCUCUCUCUCUCUCUCUCUCUCUCUCCUCUCUCUCUCUCUCUCUCUCUCUCUCUCUCUCUCUCUCUCUCUCUCUCUCUCUCUCUCUCUCUCUCUCUCUCUCUCUCUCUCUCUGUUAUGAACCCAGUGAUGAGUAAAUGGUCUUGUUUUUGGAGAUUCAGCUUCAUUAUACUCCCCACUAUGUUUCUUGGUUCAUUGCCAUUUCAUGUAUAUGGUGAUGAAGUAAACAUUAUAACUGUACUACUGUAUCAUCACAGUAUCUCAUCCUAGAAAGCAGAAGCCACUUAGUCAAGGAUCCUCUGUAAUUUUGGGCUGCUUGGAUAAAGUGAGGGUGGUUCUUGUGGUUGUUGCGUCACCCCAGGCCAUGACAGUUGACUUAGAAAUGCCAACAAGAAGAUCGAUUGGUGUGACUAGUCUGGUUUUCUCCCCAUAAAUGCAGAAGACAAUCUCCACAAUCAUAUGUUAUUUCUCUUUAGAUAUAUAAGUUCGUACAUAAACACAUUCAUUCACAGGUUCUGUCUGUUUAGGAGAGGUUGGUACACAUUAAGUAACUCACUCCAUUUCAUUGUAACUAAGGUUGAUCAAGUAUUCUCCAGAGAAAUUGUGAGGCUGCAGCUGCACUGAAAGUCAGAAUACAGGAGCAAGAGAGAUGGAGCUUCCCACAGGGUUUGUAUGACUGCGCUCAGAGUGAUAUGAGGCAAGAGGGGGCGUGCCAGUGAGACAAGCAGUGGGAGAGGUUUUAUACCAAAGCUCAUCUUACACACUAGCACCAUGUAACCUUGAUGUUGUGGCACCAAGAUUAAGCUCUCAAUAAAUUAAUCAGUCAACUUAUAUGACACAAAAUCAGCUAUUUUAGUUAAUAUGAGAUGUAGUUAUUGCAGAACUCAAGCAUACAUUUUGAUACUCCAUAAAAUGAAAGGUAAAGGAACUGUGAUGGGUUAGAUUUAAAGAAUUUCUAUAAUGUUUUAUAAUGCAUUUUACAUAUGCCUGCAAUUUGCUACAACUAUUUAAUGAUUCCUAAAAUAUACAAUUUUAUUGUAUAUAUGAAAAUGCUCACUCUCUCUCUUGCUUGCUUUCUCACUCCUGCAUGGCCACACCCUAGUAGUGGCAGGGAGAAGAGUGGUUAGAUGGAAGAAAUGUUGUUGGCUCCUUGAGUUGUGAGUGUCCCUCAGGGAGGAAAUACAUCUGGGGCUGUGUUUGCCGCUGGUCCAGCAGUUGUGGUCUGUCUGAAACUUGCAAAUAUUUUGGAUGACUGGUUAUCCUGGAACUGGUAAAAGAAAAGGAUAUGCUAUGAAUAUUAAUGGAGAAGAUAUUAUUGGUCUAGAAAUAAAGGUGUAUAAGGACAGAGUAAAACAUAAAAAUGUAAAUAAUACUUACUAGCAAUGAAUUUUAUAGCUUGGAACAAAAUUAAAAGGCCAAUGGAUACUUUAAUAGCUUAUUGUGAAGGCGGGAGAAUGUGCAUCAUGUUCACUAUAUUGUACUGCAAAUUAGAAAUUCUAAUAACUUAAAAGAAAUGUAUUUGAAACUUCAAAAAUAGCUGAAACAAAAUAAUAUCAUACAAUAUGAUAAUUGUGAAUAAGCUCAUAUAUUUUGCUUCAUAGGUAAAUAAAUGUUGAUAAGUAAUCGAUACUAUUAAAUGAGAUCAAUAUUGUACAUUAAGUUUGUUGAUAAAGUUGAAAAAAGGGAUACUUAGCAAUUCUUGAGAAAUAUGCUCGAUAAUGAUCUGAAGAGAGAGUUGGUUUAGUUCUGUAACUUCUACAAGAUCAUAUUGUAAAUAAUAUUUUAUUUGUAUUAUUUAGCACAAUAUUAUUUUGCUGAACACUUCAAAUUAACAAUGUUCACUGAACCCCAAACAAAGAAAAAUGGAAGAUUUUGUUUUAUAACAAAAUCUUCCACUUAUGAUUCUUCAUAAGUGUUGAGAGAAUCCAAUUUGAUUUGAUUUAGAAAUCAUGAAAAUUAGGACUUAUUAAAGCAUGAAGAGCUAUUUUCAUCCCCAAAACUGCCUUGCUAAAUUGUCUUUCAGCUACAAUUCCACCCUGUCUUCCUCCGUCUUGCAAGAGAGUGUAGCUGCCUUGCAUAUAUCUGUUCUCUGUUUUCAAAGAAAAAAGUUAAAUGUGUACAAAUAUUCAAUUGGUGAUGGUAAUUAUGUUAACCACACAUACAGUGUUUGUAUUAUAGUGUUGAGACAUAAUAGUGCACAUAAUGUCAAAUCAUUAUUCACUCAAUGUACGUACGUAAUGUUAGGAACACGUCACAUGUACUCACUGUACCAUUACUCAUAUCAUGCAGACAUUCAUCUCAUCAUUUAUUACUAAACAUAGAUAGCAGUGAUUAUAUUUUGAUAAGAAAAUUACUCUACUAUUAUAAUACUGUUCAGUUGUAAAGGAGUGAAUUUCAAACUAGCACUACAGGUGUGUGUCUGGAAAAGAAUAUUUUAUUGUAUUUAUUGUGUCCACCUGCCUGGGUUGUGUUUCAUUAUCUAUAAUAACCAAGAAAUGAUGAAGAAAAACAAACUUAAAUGAGACAGUUGAUAAAGAAAAUUGUAGUGCUGUUAUGUGAAAGUUUUGUCCAGGUGUACAGGAAUUAAUUUACAAUGACAAUUUUGUUUGUGACAGGUAUUUCAUCAGAGUAUGUAUGUGUAAUUAACAAACUUGGAAAUUUCAAGAAGAUAUUUUCAAACAGUAUGAAUGCAUGACUUAAUAGUGACCAAAAACUUUAAUGAAAUCAGUAGUUUGUGUAAGAGACAACAAAUUCAGUCACUUAAUUACCACAUGAGUUGACAAUAGCAUUGGGUGUUUGCUAAAAGAGACCAGAAAUUAUGGUUAAAUAAUUAAAAGUAAAAAAAAAAAGCAUUAUGUUAAAUAAUGAAUAAAGGAAAAGGAAAGCUAUGUAUGGUAAAAAUUUAGUGACUGUAUUUUUGAAGUGAAAUUAUCUUGGAGUUUCCUCAAAGUUUAGAAAUUAAGAAGUUUGAAGAUAACUAAACCAAACUCAGAAUUGCAUUGGCAGUGGUGGUGAUGGUGUUGUUAAGGCGCUGUACACUAACUACAUAAGCAACACCGCCUCACUUAGGUGACACUCAGGCUCUCACUGUUGACUUUAAGAUUAAGCCAUUUCCUGUACUAGUUUCUAUAUUAUGUAUCCAUUUAAGUGUAAAGUAACUGAAGCACCUUAAUGACAUAUUCUUAAUCAAAUUCUAUGGAGUAGUACAAAUUAUUUAUAUUCAUCAUAGUGUCAGUAUGCUUUAUAGUAAGCAAAUGGGAACAUGAUAUGAAGAGGACUGUUGUACGUGUUCUUUCACUGCUGUGGCAUCAGGAAUAACUAGAGCUGUGGUUGACUUGACAGACUCAUUAUGCUAUCAGUCUGUAUGGAUGGUGUGGCUAAAACACUGGUGAUCCUAUCUGGACCUCUUGAUGACAGUGUAUGAGGCUUUGUUGAAGGGACUACAAAUCUGACUUUGACCCCUGUGGCUGCCAUCAUGCUUGUAGAUCUCCUCCUCCUCCUCCUCCUCUUCCUCUGUUUCCUACUCCUCCUCCAAUAUUCACAACUGACAUUGUGCCUUAUAACUAAGGAUUAGUGUGUGUGUGUGUGUGUGUGUGUGUGUGUGUGUGUGUGUGUGUGUGUGUGUGUGUGUGUGUGUGUGUGUGUGUGUGUGUGUGUGUGUGUGUGUGUGUGUGUAAGAGUAAUAA